GAUGAACGCAUGGUGGCAAGCAAGGCGAGGAUAGGGUUCCGUCAGUACAUGAAGGACAAGCCCACCAAGUUUGGCUACAAAGUUUAUGUGUUGGCUGAUUCAUCCUGUGGCUACACAUGGAACUUUUUCGUUUAUGAGGGAAAGAUGGAGAGAGCACAACAGGGGGGGCUCAGUGUGACAUCAGUGAUGGACUUGAUGGAGUUUGGUCUUCUGGGCAAAGGUUAUCAUCUUUAUGUUGAUAAUUUUUACACCAGCCCUGCACUGCUCCAUCAACUGACCGCCCGCCAUACUGAUGCAUGUGGGACCAUCCGUCAGGUCCGUAUUGGCUUUCCAAAGACGACAUCAAACGACCUGCCAAAAUCAGCUGAGAGGUGGAGACAUGAGGUGGCUGCGGAAAGAUGGGCUGCUGUUUGUGAAGUGGAAGGACACAAAGGAGGUGACAACAUGCAGCACGUUUCACAAGGCCUACAGUGGAGCCACCGUGCGGAGGAGGGUGAAGGAGGGGGGCCAGUGGUGUGUGAAGGACAUUCCUGUUCCUGAUGCUGUGAGGGACUACAAUAAGUUCAUGGGAGGAGUGGACUUUUCGGAUGCACUUAUCCAGUACUACAGCGUCAGGGGAAAGACCAUGAAGUGGUACAAAACAUUUUUUUACCAUUUUAUAGACAUUGCUGUGGUGAACUCUUUCAUCAUGUUGAAGAUGUUGGCUGCUGGAAACGGAGAAAGUCCUCUCACACAGAAGCAGUUCAGAGAGGUCCUCAUGAAAGAACUGGUGGAGGCGUCCAAAGUUACCGUUCCCACUCCAAAACCCAGUCCCUCUGACAUCUGCAUGCCAGCAUAUUAUGCUCAGAGUGCCACUGACAAGAGGAGAAAGUGUGUUGCCUGUAAGCAGCAGGG